UCGCAUUUGACUGAACGCGAUGGGAGGGCCGGGCACUUUCAGGAAACAGAAGUCUCGCUAACGUGAAUCGAGCCGAAGGGGCGCGCGAAGCUCGUUCAGCUGCAGAGACCCGUCUGCCAGCUCCCUGUGCCAGGUUUCUGACUUCGUAAGAUUGGGACACAGCCGAGAAAUGGAGACCGGUGGCGCGCCAAGUGCGUACGGGGCUUCGCUGGCCGGCGGUGCUUUCGACAUUUGGGCUCUCGUUAAACAGCCCCAGACUAUCACGCGGCUUCUGAGUUGGCUGUGUGCGGUGGUGGUGUUCGGCAGCAUCACGGGCGAGGGCUUCCUGAACCAGAUCCACAGCCCCGACCCGGUGUGCGUGUUCAACCAGAACGACGCGGCGUGCCACUACGCCGUGGGCGUGGGCGUGCUGGCCUUCAUGGCCUGCGUGGCCUUCCUGGUGCUGGACGCCUACUUCCCCCACAUCAGCAACGCCCGCGAGAGGAAGCACAUCGUCAUGGCCGACCUCGUCUUCUCCGGUGUCUGGGCAGGGCUGUGGUUCGUCUGCUUCUGCCUGCUGGUGAAUCAGUGGUCACAGACGAGCCACAAAGACUGGCUCCCGGUGGCGGCCGCCCGGGCUGCUAUCGCCUUCUCCUUCUUCUCCAUCCUCUCCUGGUGCCUCCUGGUGUUCUUCGCCCUGCGGCGGUUCCUCCUGGGCGUGGCCGUCAUCGGCCAGGACUACGCCGACUCCGCCCAGAGCCAAGCCCCGCCCCCGUACCCCGGCGACGCCCCCGAGCGCUUCCAGCAGGCCCCCUUCAGCUCGAACCCCGAGCCCCAAGAGGAGCUCCCCUCCCCCGUCUUCUAGGAGCUCCCCCGACACACUCCCUCACAGCCGGCCAAUGAGGACUCUGCUGGCAGGGGCUAGUGCAUGCACUGUGUGUUUUCCUGUAUUUCUUUUCAAGUCUGAUGGUAAUUGAGCUGUGCUGGGGGCCGGGCGCCUGCAUUUGUCCGUGUUCGUGUUCCACUCCGGACAGAGUCUCGCUUUUCCUUUUGGUUCCGAUCUCACGCCUUUAAGACGCGAGAUCAGAAGCAUGCGAUUAGAGCGUUCUUAACGAAACAUUCUGAUGCUGAUGUCACAAUCACUACUCUUUGACUGAAAGCAGGGGAGUUCCAGAACUCUUGACUAAAAAAAAAAAAAAACAUUCCCCAAAAAAAAAAAAAAAACCUAAAACAAAACCUGCUCUUCAGAGCGGUUGCAGGACAGGAGCGCGCCUCUGAAAAGCACUUUUUAAAUCGUUCGAUCGGACAACAUUCAUGGGUUUCUUCUCCAACCACAAAGUGAGCACUUUUCCUCAGGGUUUCUUUGACUGAAUGCUGUGAAUGUAGAUCAGAUUGCAGUAGUGAGAAAACUAGUAGACCUAUGGCUGGAUAAUCGCGGAUAACUGCGCGUACGCGCUCCGCUAUGAAGGGCAGAUGAAUCGCAUGCCGAAAACAUGCUCCUUAUAUAGGAAUGCGGGGCUCUACAGAGUAUUUUUAUAACAUGGAAUUAGUAUUUUUUUUUUUUCUUCGGUGGCUCGAUACGAAGGAAUGCAAUUUGUCAAACAGCCUGAGCGGCCGACACGAGGGAGAAACUGGCAGGUAUUUAUAAGUAACUUAAAUUCGUAAUACGACUUGGAUUUACUUGCCACCUAAUAAUGGCAACACAAUGAAACAUUAAAUUAUAUACUUUUCCAUGACUUUCCAUGAAGAUUAACCUUUUUUUUUUGCAGCAGAGGGCGCCUUUCUGCCAAACUGCCGGUGGGGAAAAGGCCGUAAUUAACGUUCAUUUUUUUUUAAUUACAAAAAAAAAAAAGAAGUCGGGGGGGUUGAUAACCGCAAACAUUUGUAGUGGCUGGUGGUAGUUUGUUAGUUUGUUGUCUUUUGUACGCUGUCGAUCACAAAUCAAAUGCAGAAGCUGUGUAUGGAAUCACAGGGGUCUUUUGUGACCAUUUUCUUAAAUCGUUUUGGUGAUUAGUUUAACUACCUGGUGCCUUUACUUAUUUUUAAAUCAAAUAUUUACCAUAAUGUGAUUUGCUGUGUGGAACAAAUACAUGGUUCUUUUUUGGCGUACAUAUGUUCAGUGUAAAGGCUGUCAAUGGUUAUCACGGUCUCGGUGUUAAUUGAACAAUUCUAGUGUACAUAAAACUGAAGAAAACCAGA